CUCUAUUAAUAAAAUAAAUUUUAAUUCAGUUAGAAGAUAAUAAUCCAUCUUAAAUAUUGUUUUCCAAGAUAUUUUUUAACAUACCAGAUCUUACGCAUAAAAACAUUCAAGUACACUUUGAGAAGAAAUCCGUGUAUGUGUGUGUAUGUGAUUCCACAUUGCAUAACUUUAAUUAAUUCUCCAUGGGAUGGGAAUAAGGCGCACAAUAUGAAACAUACUCUUUCCACUGAUUAUCUGGCAAGGAAAUCUUAACGUAAUAUUCAAAUGAUUGGUAUCGACUAACCAAAAGAUCUGAAUAUACCUACUAAGUGUCUUGUGUACAAAACAAAAAUAUAGUGCGACAGUUGGGAGAAACAGAUUGUAAUAACGAAAAUUGUUUUAAGUUUUCCUCUUUUAUUGUAAAAGACGCGUUACCUUUUCAUCAAAUUUUCUUAUCGUAAAACAUAAACGAUAAAAGAAUCAGAGCAAAAAGAAUAUAAAAGCUGGAUUUGUCAUCUUCCCGGUAUGUAUGUAGUAAAUCCGCAACAGAGUGAUAUUGAAACAUGUCUCGCACUGUUUUCUGCCUUCUCGUCGUUGUCGCAGUAUUAUCAACUGUUUGGGGAAAUCUGCCGCAAAAGUGCGGAAAAAAUGAAAUAUGGACUGAAUGCGGUACGGCGUGUCCUCCAAAGUGUAUUCCCCCGAAAAAACCGCAAGCUUGUAUUACUCUGUGCGUUAAAGGUUGUCAAUGUAAACCUGGGUACUUAAAAGAUAAACACAAUAAAUGUGUCCGUCCGUGCGAUUGCAAAUGUUAAUAAUGAAAUUACAAUGAUUUAUUUUUAAACUUCAACUUUUUAGCUACGCAAUUAUUAAAAAAUUAUUUUUUAAAUUAUAUAUUAUUUGAUGUCAAAACCCUUUUGUAUCUUUAUACUUAUAAAUUUGUGGUGUA